AUGUCAAGCGACAACGGCAUGACAACCCAGCAGUACCCGUCGGCGUACCCCGAGACGCCGCCGGCGCUGCAGGGAAGCCUCCUCCAGCAGCACCAGCAGGCCGCCGUCGCUCAGCACCAGCUCGCACAGCAUCAGGCAGCGCAGCAGCAGGCGCCUCAGCAACAGCAGCAGAACGUCCAGCAACAGGUUCUCCAGCAACACGCCUACCCUGCGACGGUCCCGACCACUCCGCUCAACCACGCCUCUCCCCAGUCGCUCGCCUCGCCCAGCAUCAAGAUCUCUCCCGAAGCGCUCGCCAACCUGACAGCGUCGGGCAACAUGCAGACGGGCUCGCCAUUCUCCGGCGCAGGAUCCGUCGUCUCGCCGACCGGGUCGACCUUCUCAGCCGGCAAUGCGAGCGAUCCCUUGGGCGGCGAAGGGCAAGGCGGCGCGGGCUACUCGCGCGCGUCGGCGAUGGCGCUUGCCGGAGCGAUGGGCAUGAAUGCGACGCCUUCACAGGUCUCGGCGGCUGUCAACGCUGCCCUCGGACACCACCAGCUCGGGCUGGACGUCGACAUGGCGUUCACGACGAGUCCUGCGCAGAGCCAGCCUGGCUCGACGGGCGCAUCGACGCCUUCGAAUGGCUCGACGACAGCCAUGUACUACGCUCCUCAGGGUUCGAACUCGCUCCCGACCCAGCUCUCGCAGAGCAGUCUCCCUCCGCCUUCUCACCCCGCUCCGACUCUCGCCUCUUCACAACGACACCACCCGUACGCGCACCCCAACCGCCCUUCACUGGCCGCACAGCACAACCAGUCGACCACCUCCGUCCCGCUCUACCUCUCGACCCCUUCGCCCGCCCCUUCCGCCGCCGCCCAAUCCACCGCCUCGCCUCAAUCAGCCGGCCCCGACCCACCCGCCAACUCGAUCGCCCUUGGACUCCCGCCCGUCGCUCCGCAAGGAGUCCAGCGAGUUCACUCCGCUCCCGCUCACAUCCUCACCCUCGCAACUCAGGGCUUGAGCGACGUAGGUAGCUCGCCGCUGCCUAGUGCGGACUCGGAGGCGCAGGGCGCGAUGGAACAGCGGAUGUAUGUUGGCGAGCAGCAGCAGCAGCAGCAGCCUCAGCAGUCGUCGAUGGGCAGCCACGACGACGGAGCGGACCGGCUGCGCAUCUCGACCAGCUCGACGCCGUCGACUACUCCCGGUCCGCCCGCGCUCGGUCCCGCUUUCGGCCACUCCUCGACGCCCAUCUCGAUCGACACGCUCUCGGCCUCGAACGCCAUCUCCUCCCUGACCGCACCCGCCUCUGCCCCACCCUCGAUGGACGACGAACGCUUGCCGACCUACAACGAAGGUGUCUCGGCAGCAAUCACGCUGCUGCAGAAGCGGCUGCCGAUCAUGGAGGCUGCGUUGUCCACGAGCGAGGUCGAGUCGGGUCAGGACGAGGAGGAGAUUUGGAAGGGGAUUGAGGGGGCGUACGAUGAGUUGAAGAGAAUCAUGGGGGAGCGGAAGGACGGGAGGAGGGUCGCGAUGGCGGAUCGGCAGGCAGCCAAGAACGGAAAGCGCUCCUUCUCGACGAUGGAGCUCGAGUCGCCCGUAACGCCCGUCACGCCCGUCGACCGCGACCGACCAUCCUUCCUCACCGGCCCGCCCCCUCCCCUCCUGCACACGAUGUCCUCGCCCGACAUUCCCCUCUCUGCGGCAGCGACUGCAGCGCGCAACAUCGCCGCCCUCCAGAAAGCGCAGGCACAGGCGCAGAUGCAGCAAGCGCAGAUGCAACAGGCGCAGGCCCAAGCCGAGGCGCACGCUCGACUCGUCCAAGACGCAGAGCGAGCGCGAGCCGAAGCCGAGCAGCGCGCGAGGGCGGAGGAAGAGUUGCGACAGCAGCAACAGCAGCGGGUUGAGGCUGAGGCGCAGGCGAGGGCGGACGCAGAGGCCGAGGCGGCGCAGCAGCAGUUGAAGGCUGAGCAGGCGAUGAGGGAGAUGGAGCAGUACCAGCAGGUCUUGCACGAGGAGCAGUUGAGGUUGGCGCGGGAACGGCUGCACCAGCAGAUGCAGGAGGGCGCGACGCCUGGCGUCCCUCCGACGCUGCCCAAUCCGCCUCCUCCAACGCCCACACCGACGCCGACGCAGCAACAACCUCCUCAGCAACCAGCGCAGCAGUCUCAGCAGCAACAGCCCUUGCAGCCUGCCCAAAUCGCGCAUCCGGGUCAAAUCGCCUACACGCAACCCCCGCAAUACGGCAUCCAGCUUCAACCCGCUCAACCUGGCGCACCGCCUCUCGUCGCCAUCCCCGCCAACGCCGUCCCCGCCGCGAUCACGCAGCCUCUCUAUACCCAGGGAGGCCAGCCGUCCGGCUACCCGCAGUACACUCCCGGCAUCGAUCCGCUCGCUAUCGGCGGUGACAUGAACAUGAUGCACCUCUCCGGCCUUGGUGGUUUCGCCGGCGCCAUGGGCGGCCAGUCGCAGCAGCCUCAACAGCCCGACUCGGUCGACCCAGCUCUCACGAGCGGCAUCGCGCCAAGCACGGUCUCGCCGCCGAUGAACAGCACGUCCAUCUUCGCCAACGCCGCCAGCGGUGGACCAGGACCUGUCCGCCCGUCUCGCUCGCGCGCCGCCUCGCAGUCCGGCUACACCUCGUCCGGCUCGCGGUCUCGCGCCGCAUCUGGUUCGGGCUACCAAGCGCUUCUCGAGAGUCGAUCUCGCGCAGCAAGCUCGGCGAGUUCGGUGUACCAAAUGUUCGAGCGGGACGACGAGGACGAGAUGGACGAUGAGGCGGUCGACCUUGACCAGGUUGAGGUCGGCGGGACAGGACCGGCCCAGAGUAAGGUGCCGCCGAUGGGUGCGGCGAGCGCGGGUGUCGAACCUGAACUCAAGGCGGUCAUGGAUCCGAUCUUCUUCGAAUUCCUCGCCGACAUCUGUUCGAACCUCGACGCAACUGACUCAAAAGGCGAGCCGAUCCACCAGACGCUCAUGGCCAAGAAGAUGGAGAAGCUCGACCAGUCGCACGACUUCCGCCCGUUCCGGUUCCGCAUUCAGGCGUUCACGACCGCAUUCGCCGACCGUCUCGCUGCGUCCGGCAUCUUCGAUCAGGAAGUGCCGAUUAAGAAAGUCCGGCAGUACCUCUGGGCGCAGCCGUACAUCUCCCGCUUCAAUGACGACGGCAAGAAGGCCAAGUCCAAGGGCAACCACAUCUGGACGGUCGAAGCGAAGAAGGUUCCCGACAAGAAGUGGAUCUUCCGCGAGUUCACGCGCUGCAUCAAGGGCAACGCGCCUCCGAUCGCCUUCAUCGGCCUUCCCUGGACUUGGGCACCUCGCGUCUGGGACCCGCAAUGCUCGAGCGCCGCCAUCGACGCCUCCUUCUCGUCGCCGAGCCUGCCAGACUGGCUCUCCUGGGAGGACAACGUCCUCUCCGGCGAGGUCCCCAAGUCGGCGCACGGUCAGACAAUCGAGGUCGAAGCCGUCGCAACGUUCCAGAUGGGCGACCGGGUCCACCAAUUGCGCGCGACGACCCAGUUCCUCGUCGCCUCGCCCGACGAGACCGACGACCCCGCCAACUUCGGCAUCCUCGAGCUGCCGAAGCAGAAGCUUGCCGACUCGUUGCGCGAGGUGAAGGAGGAGCAGAAGCCGAACGUCUCGACGGGCAGCUCGCAGCUGGCGAGCCCGUCCGGCCUGAACCCGACUCUGUAUCGCUCGCCAAGCGCCGGGAGUGUCGGGCUUCUCGAACCUCCUGCGCCCAAUCACGUCCUGUCCGGCGCGCACGGCGGCUCGUACCCCGCGUCUGGUAGCGGGACACCCGGCAACAUCCUCGAACCCGGUUUCGUCCAGCUCGAUCAACAGCAGCUUCACGACCAGCAGCAGUUCAUCGCGCAGCUCCAACAACAAGCUGCGGCGGCGAACGACAUGCAGGUUGACGACCAACAAGCAGCUCGACAAGCGCAAGCGGCGCUGCACCAGCACUACGCGUCGCUCGCUAUGCAGCAGGGCCAGUCCUUCGAGUCGAUCUCGCCAGGACAGUUGUCGUACGCACCGGCUCCCGAGCUCGUGCAGAACGCGCUGCAAGACGCCGCCAUCGGCGUACACCCUACUCUCGCGUCGCUCAACACCGGUAUGCUCUCGCACGCCACUCCCGAGAUCGGCACGCCCGGCGGCAUCUUCCACCUUCACGAGAUGGGCCAGCAACCUCCCUUCACCCUCGACCCGUCCCAACUGUAG